CUCCAGCCGGCUGCAUGGCGGCCAACGGCGCUCUGAAGGUCAACGCCCACCUGCAGGUGGAGGGUUUCCCCAACGUCUUCGCCGUGGGCGACUGCGCCGACGUCAGCGAGCCGAAGCUGGCGUACCACGCCGGGCUGCACGCCGCCGUUGCCGUUAGCAACAUCAGUAACAGUGUUACAGGGAAGGAACUGACUUCGUAUCACACAGGUAACGUGACCAUGAUGCUGGCGAUGGGCCAUGACGACGGCGUGGGGCAGUUCAACGGGCUGAAGCUGCCGCGCUGCGUCGUCGCGCUGGCGAAGAGUCGAGACCUGUUACUGUGGAAGAGCUGGAGGGAGAUGGAGCAGAACCAGCCCUGAUACACACACACACACACACAGAACCAGCCCUGAUACACACACACACACACACAGAACCAGCCCUGAUACACACACACACACACACAGAACCAGCCCUGAUACACACACACACACACACACACAGAACCAGCCCUGAUACAC